AUGCAGAACAACACCGACCCAGAACCGGUCAACUCCGACUACGAUCUCACCAAGCCCAUAACGUCCACCUCCGGACUCCGCCAAGGUCUCACCUCGUACGGAGAUGCACAUUUCUCGCUGUUUCUUCGCAAAGUUUUCAUCAAGGCACUGGGCUAUUCGGAAGAUGCUCUCUCACGACCGAUCGUGGGGAUUAUCAACACCUUCUCGGGGUUUAAUCCCUGUCACGCCAAUGUGCCCCAGUUGAUCGAGGCUGCGAAGCGCGGCGUGCAGCUUAAUGGGGGAUUGGCGGUCGAGUUUCCUACUAUCAGUGUCCAUGAGUCGUUCUCGCAUCCGACAAGCAUGUUUCUGAGGAAUCUCAUGAGUAUGGAUACUGAGGAGAUGAUUCGGGCGCAGCCGUUGGAUGCCUGUAUUAUGAUUGGAGGCUGUGACAAAACCGUGCCAGCACAGCUGAUGGGCGGUAUCUCAGCCAACAAACCAAUCCUGCCUUUGAUUACCGGCCCCAUGCUGCCGGGCAGUAAUCGCGGACAGAGAAUUGGGGCGUGCACCGACUGCCGCAACAACUGGGCGGCGUUUCGAGCGGGCGAGAUUGAUCUCGAGGAGAUCUCGGCCAUCAAUGAGGAGCUUGCUCCGACGAUUGGAACGUGCGGCGUCAUGGGCACGGCCAGCACGAUGGCAUGCGUGACUGCCGCACUGGGUAUGAUGCCUCUCCGAGGCGCAUCCGCCCCGGCUGUAUCUUCUGCACGGCUGCGAAUCGCCGAAGAGACGGGGGCAAACGCAGUGGCACUGGCCAAAGCUGCUAGGAAGCCACAGGAUAUGUUGACGAAGGAGUCCUUCCUCAACGCCAUCACAGUCCUCCAAGCCAUCGGAGGUUCGACCAAUGCCGUGGUCCAUAUACUGGCUAUCGCAAAUAGACAUCCUGCUCUCGAUGGCGUGAUCACACUGCAGACCAUUGAGGAAGUAGGCCGCAAGACACCGUUACUGGUAGAUCUCAAGCCGAGCGGGGAUAACUAUAUGGACGACUUCCACAACUCCGGAGGUAUGCUGCGACUGUUGCAUGAGCUUCGACCGCUCUUACACCUAUCAGCCAUGACAAUCACUGGGCAGACGCUGGGCGAAGUAUUGGACGCAUCUCAGUCCAAGAGGCCGUCCUUUGCUCAAACGAUCAUCCGGCCGCUUUCCGAUCCUCUCUUCCCUUCGUCAUCUCUCGUUGUGCUCCAGGGCAACCUUGCACCUGAUGGAGCGGUCACCAAAGCAUCUGCAUCAAAGUAUCGAUCAUUGCUUUCUCAUACCGGGCCCGCGGUAGUAUUCGAGAAUGCCGCGGACAUGGCGCAACGAAUUGACGAUCCGAAUCUGGCAGUGACCAAGGACUCUGUGCUCGUUUUAAGAGGGAUUGGACCCGUGGGUAAUCCCGGUAUGCCCGAGGCCGGAAUGAUUCCCAUUCCCAAAAAAUUGGCCGGCGCGGGAGUGAAAGAUAUGCUGCGGCUGUCUGAUGGGCGAAUGUCCGGCACGGCGGGAGGAACCAUCAUCCUGCACAUCUCGCCCGAGGCUGCGUUGCCGGAAUCUCCCUUUGGGAUUGUUGAGACGGGCGAUUUGAUCACCUGUGAGAUCGAAAGUCGUAGAUUACAUUUGGAUGUGCCCGACCAGGUCAUCCAGACUCGGAUUCAGGCGCGUAAACAGAGACUGGCGGGAGAGGUAGAGCAGCGAGAGCGGCGACGAGGAUACCGGGGCCUGUACGAGCGCAGUGUCAACCAAGCGCAGGACGGGGCCGACUUUGAUUUCCUGACUGCAAAAGGUGUAUAG